GAGGGCAUGAGAUAAACCAUGGUGGAUUCAGAGGCAGACAUUGGACUGGCAUGGCUGUGCUCAGCUCAGCACUGUGAUCUACAUCCCUGAGGCUCCUUCCCUGGACAUUUGGAUUCUCCAUUCACAGCCACACAGCCUUGACACGGUGCUGGAGAGUGCGUAACAUUGAGCUGUGCCAUGUUUUCACAGCAUGUUGCAGGGCAUUGGGAGAUAGAGAGGAAAUAAUCAGGGGGAGGCAACCUUUACCACACUUGAGCGAUGUUCCGCGAGUCUCUCUCCUUUCAGACUGUGAGCCUUUUCUGCACAGAGACCAUGGACUAAUGGAGGGAUGCAACGAUGUUACUCUCUGCUUGUCAUGCUUGAAUCACAGCUGCAUAUAUCUCUUUGUGUCACAGAUCUUAUUGCCUUUGUCUGUCACCACUGCCAGAUCAACUGUGAGGUAGUGUGGCAAACAGAGCGUUCUCCUCAACCCCCCGCUCCCUUGUUUGUGCCCCCUGCUUCUCAUUACUUUCCGCUCGCUCGUGUCUAUUUACUUCUCUUAAGCUACCCUCCCCUCUCUGUUAAGCUCAGUCUUUCUCGCUCUCCCACUCCCUACUGCUUACUAUCACCCUCUCUAUGCUCUCUCAAAGCAGGCAGUCUGCUAUUCUAUCCAGGCAGCUUGCCACAUGAUCUCCUGGAAGAUAGCGUUCACUGCUGCUCUGCCGACUCACAGUCCUUGGGGUGAUUUUCUUCUCCACAACGGCAGGAUGCUCCUUCACAGGGAUUGAUCCCCGUUCACCCCCUUUAACUUUCCCCUUCCCUUCCCUUGUCCUGAUCUCCUGCCCUCUAACCCUCACCUUCUUGUUGUCAACCCCCACCCUCUCCCGUUCGCCCUGACCCAAGCCUCUUUUCCUCUCAAUUCAUUUCACCCCCUUGACCAUGUUGCCAUGUGUCUGUUGGCUCCAACCUAUCCUCAUCUUGUUGUCCUCUGUCUUAUGGACCCGGGGGGAAAACUGCCCAGCAACCUGUCUGUGCCCCGAUCCUCACACUGUGGACUGCAGCGGCCGUGGGCUGACCCGUCUACCCAAUGAGAUCCCUUUGGAUGUGCGCAGGCUUUUGCUGGCUGACAACUGGAUACCCCGCAUCCCCUCGGAUUUCCUAGUUCUCUACAGUGACUUGGUGUACCUGGACCUCCGGAAUAACUCCCUCUCCAACAUAGAACCGGGGACACUAAGCACUUCCUCCAGGCUAGUGUUCCUGGAUCUGGGCAGCAACAACCUGACUGAAAUCCCCAAGGGGACAUUUGGGGAGUCCCGAAGCCUCAUCAAACUACGACUGGGCAACAACCCGUAUCUUAGCAUGGUGAGUGAGGAUGCGUUCCUGGGCCUCACCUCUCUGAGAGAACUGGAACUGGAGCGUAAUGCACUGUCUACCCUAAAAGUGGGGGCGCUGAGUCAGUUGCCCUCCCUGCGGUUGGUGAGGCUAGAGGGCAACCCUUGGCUCUGCAACUGCAACUUUGCCAACCUGUUCACAUGGUUGAUGGAGAACAGUCAGAAGCUUCCAAAUGGAGUGGACGGCAUGGAGUGCUCCCUCCCCAUGGACGGAAGACGUGUAUCACUGACCCAGCUCUCGAAGGACAGCUUCCGUGAGUGCCAGGCCACCCUGACUCUAACAGACCUGCUCAUCAUUAUUUUCUCCGGCAUCUCGGUGUCUGUGGUCGCCAUCAUGACAAGCUUCUUCCUGGCUUCAACAGUUCAUUGCUUCCAGCGCUGGAGUAAAGGCACAAAAGGAGAUGAGGAGGAAAGCGAAGAGUGAAGGGGUUUUACUUUUUUUUAAGGCCGUCGCAGGACUUGUACUUCAAAGCGAUGAGGGGACACAGGAGAAAGUGUGCGCCCCUUUGGGUGACUAGGAUCUCCCUAGUACUGUUGUUGUCGUCAUGGACAUAUUAAAAAAAAUCUUAAUGAAGGACAUUUUCAAUGAGCCAAAGUCCUGACAAAAAAGUAGCGAGGCCCAGCUCCACUCCAGAAGAGAGACAAAGAGAGACCUCUACCUCCUUUGUAUUGAAAGAGUAAAAGUUGUUUUUUGUUUGUGUGUGUGUGUGUGUGUAAUCGCAAUUGCAGCUCUGUUGCACUCUAAUCCUACAUCCAACUGUGGCAUCUAAAUCCUGCUGACAUCAGCGUUUAGUGAAGGUUGGAUAUCAUUUAAAACACUGACCUUGCUGACCUCAGUAUUUAACUGCCUAUAACAUGACAUGUUGGUAUAUCCUGCUAUUAACAAC